AGGAGUCAUGUGCACAACCUUGUCCUCUCAUAACACAGCCAGAAGGGACGGGAGAGGAGUCGAGAUCCAGUAGCCCAACAUAGAGCAGCUGUACGGAGUAACAACUCAUCUCACUCAGUGGAUGUACUACAGUGCAAGAAGAGCGAUUCUUUUUCCUGCCUCUGCUUCUUGCCACAUGCACUUACUGUAGUUGGAGUCAGACCGAGUGUGGGCAUCCAGCAGCUGAGCGGCUGGUCAAUCUGGGACCAUGAAGCUGAGCGUGGCGCUGUUUUUUGCGGGCCUCUUUGGGGCGUUGGCAGCUGUGUUCAUCCUCCUCUCUUUUGGAACUGAUUACUGGCUGCUCGCCUCAGAGAGCUGCCAACCAAAUCCUGCCGGAUCUGUUGGCCCUGGUGGUGUGACCAUAGAGCCUGGCGAUGUGGUGAUGCAGGAGAAUUAUAGUGAUGUGACUCUGUACCAUGAGGGAUUUUUCUGGAAGUGUGCCUUUGGCGGCGACAUGGGUGAUGACGACCUGCUCUGGAAACUCUGGUUCACAAAUCAACCACACUCCAAACUGUGCAUGCACGCCUACCUGUUCCCAUUCCCGGUGUCUCAGGUCCACAAUGCCACAAACUACGAUUACGCCAUAAUCUACAGAGGCUUCUGGAGCAUCUUCAUGCUCAUCGGUGUGGCUGCUGUAGUGCUGGGUGGCUUCUUCAUCAUCUGCGCUGCUCCGUUCGCCAGUCACCGCUUGUACAAAGCAGGAGGAGGCCUGUUCCUGGCAUCUGGUCUGUCCCUGCUGUGUGUGGUGGUGAUGUACGUGCUGUGGCUUCAGGUGCUGGAUGUGUUGGACGUCUACGUAGAGCACCAGCGCUCAGCGCUGUGUCCAAACUUCCAUCUAUCCAUCAGCUAUGGUCUGUCCUUCAUGUUUGCCCCCAUUGGCAUCUUCUUCUGCCUCCUGGCCGGCCUUCUUUUCCUCCUCAUCGGUCGAACCAUCAAGAUUCACUACCACUGACUUUAACCAGACUAAGAUCUCGAGAUGUUUCUUUUUUUACCAGCAGAUCUUUGAUAUCUUUGUUUUCCUCUAGAGGCAAGAUUGUGUCGAUAGAUAGCAGCUUUGUGGUAUAAACAAUCUGACAAGCAUGGACCUUUUUGUUCCAGGAUAAAAAGAUAUUGAAAAAAUAUGGAAAUAUCAUCAUAAUUCCUAUGCUACUUUGAAUUGAGCUUUGUAACCUAUACAGUUUUAUGCCAGCGGUGAGUAGAAGACUUACAUACAGUAUAAAUACCUUUGUUGUAUAUUUUUGUGUGUUGAUAGUUAUGAGGCUCAUGAGGUUACAUUUUUGAAAUGCAAAAUAGCCCAAAAUUGAAUGUUAAUGAGCAAAUAUUUUUGUUAUUUAAAACAUUUUUUUGUUUGCUUGGGAAUAACUUCCCUGGUUGAACAACCAUUAAAAAUAUAUAUCUUUUAAUUUGUACAGUAUACAAACAAACAAUAAACAACAACAACAAUAUGCAUAAUGGAAAGCUUAUAGGGUGAAAAGAUCAUUUUUAUUUACAGUAAUGGGACUCAUGAGUGUUUGGAAAGAACACAGGCACAGCAGCCUUUUCUGUGUUCGGUCGUUACGAGGUGUCUAUUGCUUUUCUGCAGUUUUGUUAUUGUCAACAAAUCCAAUGAAAAGGCCAAAAAACAACUGUGAGACUGUCUCUCAAUAUUUGUCCUUGUUUAUGUGGCACUCAUUAACUCCAGAUCAAAAACAUAUAGUUUAAUUUUAAAAAGAGCCAAAAACAGGCUCUGAGAAUUGGUUGCCACUGAAGUUAUUAACAAAUAUUACCAAAACACAACAGUAGAUUUGUUGGGAGAUAUUUUUAGCUGCUGACUAAACACAUGGUCUGUUGUGUAUGAAAUCAGUGUUGGUUUUGGUCUUUUCAUGGGAUUCUUUGAAGAGUUUUCAAGAGAUAAUUAGAAUAUCAUCAGACUUCGAUGUGAUAUCGAGUUUGUCAUGCUUAAUGAUAAUAAUAUUCUGCUUUUUCUGCAGUAUCAUUCUACUAUUUCUGUACAUAGUCUGAAACGGUGCUGAUUUUUUGUCAUGUUUUUCCCAGUUUGACCAGUUUAUUUGUUCAAUAUGAAGCAUAAAUAACUUUGGUUGCUUGUAUGUAAUAUGUUAUAUAUGUUAUAUGUUCAUGUUGUGAUGUGCCUUUUGUUUCACCAUCAGUCCAUUGUCACUGUGAAUUUCUUAUGUGGUGUGUUGUGAGAUGAGACAUUUUGAUCUGUUUGCCAACAAAAUAACAUGGAGACGAUAAGCUUUGAUUGCAAGAUUAAAGAAUUAUAUAUUAUA